CAGGGUUCAGAGAUGGGCAGUGAGAAGGAGCCGAAUCCAGAACAGCACCUGCCUGAGGAAGGGGAGCGGGGUAAGCCUUGGAGAGCAGAUGACUCAGAGGGUUUUCAGAUCCCAGAUGGGGAGAAAGAGCAUGGGCAAGAGAGCCUGUCGGAGAGGCCACAAGAGAUCCAUCCAAAAAAGCCAUGGCAGAAAGUCGCUGUCCCCACUGGAGAGCCCGGGGACCCCAUUGUUCAUCCAAGGCUUGAGGCCGACGAGAAGCCCUUUAUAUGUGCCCAGUGUGGCAAAACCUUCAAUAAUACCUCCAACCUGAGAACACACCAGCGGAUCCACACGGGCGAGAAGCCUUACAAAUGUUCUGAAUGUGGCAAGAGCUUCUCCAGGAGCUCCAACCGCAUCCGGCACGAGCGGAUCCACCUGGAGGAGAAGCACUACAAAUGUCCCAAGUGUCAGGAGAGCUUCCGGCGACGCUCGGAUCUCACCACGCACCAGCAGGACCACCUGGGCAAGCGGCCAUACCGCUGUGACAUCUGUGGCAAGAGCUUCAGCCAGAGUGCCACGCUGGCUGUGCAUCACCGCACCCACCUGGAGCCAGCGCCCUACAUCUGCUGCGAGUGCGGGAAGAGCUUCAGCAACAGCUCCAGCUUCGGGGUGCACCACCGCACCCACACCGGCGAGAGGCCUUACGAGUGCGCCGAGUGUGGGCGGACCUUCAGCGAUAUCUCCAACUUCGGAGCACACCAGAGGACCCACAGAGGGGAGAAGCCCUACCGGUGCACCCUGUGUGGGAAACACUUCUCCCGGAGCUCCAAUCUCAUCCGCCACCAGAAGACGCACAUGGGAGAACAGGCUGGGAAAGAUUCCAGCUGAAGGAGCGGGGGGGAGAGAGAGAGAGACCCCAACCUAGUGUAGGAAGAUCAGUAGGAUCUGCUGCUGCCCCCUUGACCUCAAGCCCUUCACGGCACUUUGGAGAAUGGUUUCCUGCUGCCUCUGAAGCCAGGGUCUCCAGGAGGUGCUGAGAAGGGUAAAUUCUUUGCCCCUUUCCAAGCCAAUUUCUUGCCUUGGAAAGUCAGAGGAUCUGGUCUUGGCUUCAUCUCCUUGGGGUGAAAGAGAAAUAAGUUUAGUACAUGCUCAUUUUAGUAGGGCAGCCGUCCCUGGCCUUUGAGGAAGUACCUGUGAGAUGGGCACCACUGUCUGAAGAUGCUCACAAUUGUGUAUGAACUGCUUAGGGCCCACUGCCAUGGCCUGCCAGUUCCAUCCACUGUGCCCCAGCUGGGCUGGGAGCAGCAGUCUUCCCCACGGAAGGGGCCUCCUUGGCCUGGAGAAGAGGUCUGAGGUCCUGCCUUAGAAAGGAAAGGGAAGCCAACAGGGAGCCAUGGUCCAGGGACCUUCACACUCCCCCAUGUGUGUGACUUGUUAUCCCCACCCCAAUGUGCAUCUGUUCCCUGUGUGAUUAGCAGUAAAACCCUUCAAUGUAAAGGACCUGUGUACUUAUUGGGGGCAUCAGAGA